UCUAGUUUAUCGACAACACACACACACAGAUGUCGUCUUCCAUACGACUGAUCGUGCGUUUCGAUUCGAACCACGGUUUCCCAGUCGACGUCACUCCAUCGACAUCCGUCGAAGACCUAAAAAAGCUGAUUGCCAGACCUCGAGGCCUCUCAACAGACGACGUGCGAGUCAUAUUCUGUGGCCGAGAACUACAAAAUCAUAUGACAAUAAAGGAUUAUGAGUUUGACCGUCAGAGUAUCGUGCAUGUCGUUCGAGGGCGAGCGAAUGCUGGUAGUCGUUCGCGCGCUGUCCGCGAGAUUAACCUUGGAGGAGUUGGAGAUCAACUGGGAAGCAUCCGGGAAGAUGAGGCCUCAGAGGGACAUAGUGAAGGGCCGCAAUCACUCGCAGGUGUAGAUCAGCCCAAGCCACAGUUUUUUGUAUAUUGCAAGAAUCCGUGUAAAGAGUUGAAGCCUGGCAAGCUUCGUGUGCGCUGUGCAGAUUGUAAGCAGAGUACACUGAUACUUGAACAAGAGCCUGGGAGCUGGGAUGAUGUUUUACAACCAAAGAAAAUUCGAGGGCGUUGUCAAAACCGAAGCUGUCAUGGUCGUUUUGCAGAGUUUUACUUCAAAUGUGGGGCUCACCCAGCUGAUGAAAAUGAAAAUGUUGUUGCACUUGAUUUGGUUCGAACGAACACACGACAAAUUUCAUGUAUUACAUGUGAAUGUGUAUUUGAUUGUGCUAUUGUUUUUCCAUGCGCUCAUCAUCAUGUCAUCUGCUUGGAUUGCUUCCGAUUGUACUGUGCUACAAAGCUUAAUGACAGGCAGUUUGUUGAAACUCGUGAUGUUGGCUACACAUUAGCUUGUCCUGCUGGUUGUGAAAACUCUUAUAUCAAAGAUGCACAUCAUUUCCGAUUGAUGGGAGAUCAUGAGUAUCAACGGUUUCAAAGAUUUGCAGCGGAGGAGUUUGUUCUUCAGGCUGGUGGCGUGUUAUGCCCCAACGCGGGAUGUGGAAUGGGACUGCUACCCGAUGGGAGAGAACGGAGACUACAAUGCAGCAACUGCAUGCAUAUCUUUUGCCGAAAUUGCAAGGAACCAUAUCAUCAAGGUCAAUGCCAGAGUAUAUCCGCUGUACCAGCAGCAGUUGAACAAGCUAAUAGAUUUGCUGUUGAUCCACGUCGUGCUGAGAAAGCUCGCUGGGAUACAGAAGCAAAGGAACUCAUUCAACGUACAACCAAGCCGUGCCCCAAAUGCAAAGUGCGAAUCGAAAAGAACGGUGGCUGCAUGCACAUGACAUGCACUCAGGCGAGCUGCAAGUUCGAAUGGUGUUGGCUCUGUGGAAUAGAAUGGAACCGAAAUUGCCAGGGAAGUCACUGGUUUGGCUGAUCGACCGGUGAGCAGUCCACAACUGUCAACAUAACAACCUACAAUGUUAUACAAUGAUAUCGCUUUCUACAUAUUCAUAGCCUCAUGUUUGUAGUCCAAUGUGUGCUGCUUCAGUGUGUAUACGUUUUAAUACAAGAACGUUUGAUAGGAACUGGCUACGUUUGUUAUGACUUUUACCUAUGAAAUACUGACAAUGUGUUGUCAUGUGGUCUUUGUCAAUAGAUUUAUAUUAGUUUAUAUCAAAUUUCAUGAUAAGUAUUUACAUUUAGUGACUAUUGAGGUCACAUGUUAGCCUCCUAACU